CUUGACAGACUUGAUGAAACUUGCUGGUCGCAGAGCACUUUGUGAACUGAACGAGUUGCGGCUGUCAUCUCGUUUCUGAGCCAGCUGUAACCGAAAAAUCCGUGUUUAAAGCUCCACGAUGUCCGGACACGGUCACGGCCAUGGGCACGGCCACGGCUGCGGGUGCGAGGCGGAGCACGAACCCGCGGAGAGGGGCCUGGAGUACGGACUGUACCGGCGGAUCGACACGGAGAGGCUGCAGUGUCUGAACGAGAGCAGGGACGGGGACGGGAAGCUGGUGUUCAAACCGUGGGACCAGCGGAAGGAGCGGGACAAGUUCGUGGAGAGUGACGCAGAUGAAGAGCUGCUGUUCAACAUCCCUUUUACAGGCAGUGUGAAGCUGAAAGGCAUCAUCAUUUCUGGAGAAGACGAUGACUCUCAUCCAGCUGAGAUUCGACUGUACAAGAACAUCCCUCAGAUGUCCUUCGACGACACCGGCAGAGAACCUGAACAGGCCUUCAGACUCAACAGAGACCCCGGCGCUGAGCUGGAGUACCCGACAAAGAUCGCUCGUUUUUCCAACGUUAACCACCUCUCCAUCCACAUCUCAAAGAACUUCGGAGAAGCGAGCACCAGAGUCUACUACAUCGGUCUGAGGGGAGAGUACUCUGAGGCUCACAGACACGAGGUGACGAUCUGUAACUACGAGGCGGCAGCGAACCCUGCAGAUCACAAAGUGGAAAGCAUCAUCCCACAAACCAACUUCAUUUCUUGAAGCAGCUUCAGAGAGUCGGGAGGAAGAAGAAGAAGAAGAAGAGGACAAGGAGGAAGAAAAAGAAGAAGAGAGGUUUCAGUGUUGCUGCUGAAGUCAAAGAUGAGUUCAACGCUGCGUGUUGCGGCAGGUUGGUCGAGCUCGACCGGGACUGAAAUCUGAAGACCAGAGAGCUUCAGAUGUGUGUGGAAGUGCCGAGAUGUUGCUCUGCUUUCUAAGGAAUUAAAAAAGAGUAAAGGCUUGAUGUGGGCAAAAAGCUUAAUAAUAAUAAUCAUAAUAAUAAAUGCAUGAAACAUACGACACUCA